CAUUAAUCAUUUGGACAAACUCUUUGUUACAAAUGAUGCUGCAACUAUUGUGAAUGAACUUGAGGUACAACAUCCUGCUGCCAAGAUUCUCGUGUAAGCAGGCAAAGCUCAACAGGAAGAAAUUGGUGAUGGAGCUAAUCUGACGAUAUCUUUUGCUGGGGAGCUUCUCCAAAAUGCGGAGGAGCUUAUUAGGAUGGGAUUGCAUCCAAGUGAAAUCAUUAGUGGCUACACAAAAGCGAUCAAUAAGACGGUUGAUAUUUUAGAUGAGUUGGUUGAAAAGGGCUCGGAAACAAUGGAUGUGCGGAACAAGGAUGAAGUUGUUUACCGAAUGAAAGCUGUUGUGGCCAGCAAGCAGUUUGUACAAGAAGAUAUUUUGUGCUCUCUUCUUGCGGAUGCAUGCAUCCAGGUUUGCCCCAAGAACCCAGUGAACUUUAAUGUAGAUAAUGUUCAUGUCGUAAAGCUUCUUGGAGGAGGUCUGCAUAACUGUUCAAUUGUUCGUGGCAUGGUCCUGAAAACUGAUGCUGUUGGAAUUAUAAAACAAAUGGAAAAUGCAAAGGUGUGCCUUUGGAAAACCACCUAUUGUUCAUUAUCUAUCAUUGUGCUUUCUCCAUGCAAAGACCCCAGCUUUAACAGCUUCAUUAUCUAUUAUUCUUCCAAAGAUGUCACAAUCCAUGCAUUAAAAUCUGUUGCAAUCGACUGUAUGGUGGAGAGUUGCAAUGAACCUGCCUGGGUUCUUUCUGACUAA